AUGGCUACACAAUCAGUGCCGAAAGUUGUGCUAAAACGCACCACCAAGGUGUCUCUAAAUGAGCGCUUUACUAAUAUUCUGAAAAACAACCAGCCGAUGCCAGUGAAUAUGCAGGCUUCGAUGCAGCAGCAGCAGCAGCUAGCCAGUGCUAGAAACAGAAGACUGACCCUGCAGAUGGAGAACAGGCCCUCUGUCCAGGCAGUAUUAAAACUUAAGCAAAGCUCAAAGAAGCGCCUGAGUAAGAGUAACAUCCAGGCACGUUUAGGCCAACCCAUAGGUAUCCUGGCCAGGGGAGCUAUUGGAGGAAGUGACCUACCCAUAAUCCAAGAGGGCUUGCCCCGAGGAGGUCAGCCUGGGGUACGUGCCACCAGGACCCUGCUUGGUGGCAGGAAGAUGCUCCAAGGUCAAAACCUGUUCCAAGGUGGAAGAGCCUUA